UCAACAACAAGCUGACAAUAUGGAGUACACAACAGUAAGUUUAAUGGUUUAUAUGUUGUUUGUUGUUGAUAAAUUCUAGUCUGCAUGUUUUUGCAUGGAUUAACGAUAUAUGAGAGCUUAUCUUUCGUAAAUACUGCACAAAAUAUAUACCGCAUUUGAAUUGUUAGUAGAUAUAUUUUCAUCUACAAUUUAUAAAAUUGAUAUACGAGUUGGACAAUAUUUUAAACCAACUGCAUGUCCUGGUUAUAUAUAGCUAAAUUCUUAAAGCAUAUAUAAUUAUUUUAUUUGCAAAGAUUGAAAUGGUGAACAAAACAAGUUUUGACUUUUUUCCCCAUUGCUAGCAGCAGCCUUGUCUUUGCCAUUUCUCAUGCUAUUGUAAAUUAUGCAAUUAACCAUGCUUCCAUGCAUUAGGACACUUUCUCAAACAUUAUAAAGGCAGAUUGCGAUUGGGACAAGCGGUUAAUAGCAUGAAGCAUGAAGAUCUCUGAAAGAGGCAAACCUAUAGUCUGACUGCAUUCUUUAAUUUUGAGCCUUUCUAUGCAUGACAGGAUUUAGUGUAAGAUGUAAAUGUUCAAGACUAUCUGUGGAGAAAACAUCGAAUGAUAAAGCUAAUGGUGAAAUUCAAACGGGUUGCUGACUGUAAUGAGUGCCGCUGAGAGGGGGGGGGCAUUUUGGGCUUGGGAGUGAUGGGACCCCAGAUUAAUGGGACCUCAGAUUAAAGCCCCCCCCCCCCCAAAGUCCCUUAAAUUUUCUUGAUACAAGAUUGCUUAACCAAUAAUAUAAAUCCUAGCUGUGUCAGUGGUGGAUAAAUGAUAAUAUGCAAUAAAGUGCAAUAUAUUAUAAAACACUGCUUCUCCAGUUUUACAAUUAUGACAUAGGGACCCGUGGGAAAGUUUUUCCCUGUACCCCACACAACCUCUCGGUGUCCCGGACUGUUACCACCACCAAAUUCAACAAUCAGAUGGAAAUCUUCAUAGCUGGGGCUACUGUAUACAUUUUGUACCCAUACCAACACAAGAAGGAAUAAGUGUUUUUCUAAAUGAAGGUGAUAUUGCAUAAUUAUUAAGAGGACAAGACUGAACUCUAUCAAGAACUCCCAUCAAGAACCCCCAUCAAGAACACUGUAAUUCAAACAAAAUGUUUUUGGCACAAAUGUUCUGAAACAAUAAUUGCCAGGCAUUAUCGAGAUGUUCUUGUUUUAAAUAAGGGGCGACGUCCAUAUUCAAGUUGCCACGCAAAACGUCAAAUUGACGUUUUUAUGACAACCCACCCACCCACCCUUGAAAACGUCAAGUGUGACGUAAUGAAUAUUUCAAAACUUAGAUUGGGUUUGAACGCUCCAACUAUCAAAGUUUUAUAUAUACCUUUUAAUAUAUCCUCUGGGUUAAUAUUAUAAACGUAUAUAAAUAUGUAGGAAACAAGAAAGACAAAAAUUCUACCAAGUAAGUUCUUUUUUAAUAUGCAAUAUUGAUAAAAUAGUGUAAAUAUAUUAACUUUUCCAUCGCGUAUUGAUACUAUUUUAAUAAAUAUUGACGGUUAUUUUUAAUAUAUAUUCUACAUAUAGCGUUGUAGUUUUGGAAAAUAUUCAUAUUGCCACGGUAAAAACGUCACAGCACUACAGUUUUAACCCACCCACCCACGCAAAACGUCAAUUUGACAUUUUGCGUGGCAACUUGAAUAUGGACGUCGCCCCUAACAACAUAAACAUGCAUGCAAAACAUCUGACAUGCAGCAUACAAACAGGAUGCUAUAUGACAAUGUCAUAGCUACUGUGCCUUACCGUAAAUCCUCUAGCUAUUGAUAUGGGGGGGGGGGGGGGUAAUACAUUUCAGUUUUAGAAAGGUGAGUGAGGCCGUGGGGACUUACAUCUAUUUUAGAGGGGGGAAAAUAGGGAAUUUAUGGCAGAUGAAAUAAUAGAAGGGUUGUUGCCUAGUCAACAUUUGAUUUCACUAUUGUAUGUUGGAUACACUUCUUACUAGAAUAUCGUGGUAUAAAAUAAUAUAAUGUACAAUGUCAGCUAGUGUUAAUAAUUUAAUUAAUGGCAGUUCUGAGUUGUCAGAUCUCAAGACAUAUAUUCCAAUACAAAUUCCAAUAUAUCACAAGACAAAUCUUGUGAUAUUGAAGCUCAUUUUCAACUCCAGAAUGCUAAAAGAUACUACCAUGCAUUGCUUUUAAUGAAAAAAUAAUAUAGUAACUAUAAAGAUUAUACAGUUGUCAUAUAUUUUUUACUUCCUGAGGUGUAACUUCAUGUACUGUGGGUGUAUAUCACAAAAUCGUAAGAGUUCCAAGGCAACUCAACUGUCAUGAUAAUGACUAUAUACCUCAUGCUACUAUGUUUCAGCCUACAGUAUGAAAGUUUUCCAAUACUAAAAUAAAACUUUGCAUGCAUAUACAAAAAUUUAUCUAGCUUGAAAGUUCGAUAAUUUUAUACAACAAUCAUGCUAUGUGAAAUGACAUACAAUGUUAAUAUAAAGAUUUAUAUUCAGAUAUCUGGUUAUAGAUUACAAACAAUUGUAUAUAGUAAAAUAAAUGUAGAAAUAAAAAUAAAGUUAUGAAGCCGUCUUGAAUAAUAGCGCAUCAAUAAAAAUAUUAACAGUAAAUUGUACUAUUGUAGUUAUGGUUUCAAAUCUCUUGACUUUCUUUGCCGGGGACGAAUAUUCGAUCAGAUCUGAUAAAUAAAUAUUAAAUACAUAGUCAGCAUAUAAAUCCAAUGCAAUAGAAUCCCAGCAUAGAAUUUCUGACCAAAAUUACUAUUUAACAACAGUUAAAACCCAAGUAUAAACAAAACAUUUACCUGAAUAUAAAAGACAUCGUAGCAGACAACAGCACAUGUCGAUUUGAUCACAGGUAUUCACAGCGUGCUGCACUGAAUAUCGCACAAACGCACUUUUAGGGCAGCUUUGUCGGCGUAAUAUUCUUUCCCUGUUCUCUUGUUGUUUUAUAUGUUUCAAUAAUUUACUAAUAGGUGGAUUUGGUUUCAUAAAAGUCGCAAAUUUGUUGAAACCUUUUCGAAUUCUAUAUAAAUAUUUUACAUUCACUCCUCAUCACCUCAUGUGGAAUAUAAACAUCUCGCGUGUAUAUCGCCAAUUAUGGGACUGGAAACGAGAGGUUCAUUUCCGGUGGAGUCCCCUGUAAACAAACGCCGGGCACAUGCGCAGAAGGGACUUAUCCCCCUCUUUAAGUGAUAAUUUAUGUUUAACAUUGUUUGGGAAAGAUAAAGACAAAUCACUAACGGUAUGAAAUGCAAAACAGGGCUCAAAAUAAUGUUUCAUGUUAUGUUUCAUAUUGGUCAGUUCCAAUUGUGACCGAUCAUAUGUGAUUUCUGACCGGUCAACGCCCACGAGAGAAUUAUCUCUGCCAUCCUGUACUACAAUGUACAUGCAAUUACCCCCGACUAUUCUUUUGAAUUGGAUUUCCUUGUUUUAAACUUCACACUCAGCAUCUUCGUGUGUGUGGGUGUAUUUUGAAGAUCUCACUGUUGCAAAACAACAUAUGCUGUGAUAUGUGAUCACGAUAAUGGAUGUAAAUUGAUGCGAAUCCAUCUGAUAAUUCAGUUGCAUUAUUUAAUUCAUUAAAGUGGCUUCCCAUAGAUGACACUAUUCGUGUACAUAAAUUGUGCAUGAUGUAUAAAAUAAUCAAUAAAAUGUGUCCACAGUAUUUUGAUAACUAUGUAAGUUAUGUUAAGAAUCGACAUGAAUAUUGUACUAGAGCAUCUUCUAAUAUGAAAUUAGUUGUACCGAAAUGCCAUACAAGAUCUGGACUUCGUUGUUUUCAUGCUAGUGCUGUUCGUCUCUGGAAUGAACUUAAUGUGGAUAGACAGUAUGAAUAUUAGUGGGUUAGGUAAAUUUAAAAAACACUUAGUUAAUAAAACACUUUUAGUAAAUGAAAGUUGUGAUCAUUUUCUGGUCACACAGACAUUCUAAUUGAAAUAUGUAGAUAUUGUAAUUUAAACUAAUAUAUAUAUUUUUGGACCACAAUGUAAAAUACUGGUUUACCAGUAAUUUGUGUAAUCCUGUAAUAAAGGUCAUUAAAGUUCAUUAAUCUGGCGGCAAUGCGAAAGGUUGAAAUAUGGAUCAUUAAAUAGAUGGGCCAAUUUCUAAUUCUAGAGUCUUGUCCCUAGAGCUGUUAGUUUGCCAAAUUAUUGAAGAUAACUAUAAGAGGAACCGGUUGUCCCAUUAUAUUGAUUUGCCAUAAUAUGUGAAACUGUUUCCUUGAAAAAGUACUUGGUAUAUAUCAUUUGGCGUUUCCGUGUAUAAGGUCCUUUGUUUAUUUACGCCGUGAAAAAUCCCAAAAAUUCCCUUAACUCAUUGAAAUCCGGGAAAGACCAGGCUCAUGCUUGUGAAUUUAAAGCGCGUCACAAAAGAAUCUGAAGGAGGAAGUCCACAUAUCGUAGUGCGUGCACAGAGUACUUUUUUUUAAUGUUUUUAAGCAAUAGUCAUCACAGAGUUUGUUUUGUCGGGAAAAAAUUAAUAUACCUUGAUAAAUCAUGCUUUGUUCUUUGAAUCUAUAUUAAUUAACUAGACUAAAGAAUUAAAAUGACGCCACAAAAGAAGUUAUUUAUAAUUGCAUGGUUUAAUAAAAUAUUGUGAUACAUCUUUUCAUCAAAAUGUAAGUGGGCAGAUAGCGAAAGCACUGCAUACGUAUGUUGUAUUUGGCUGAAAACAAAAAGUAAUGAAAGCGUAUAGGUUUGAUUAUUAACUUUGAUAUUUGUUUCAACAGCCAGCUGAUAUCAGAUGUUGUAACUCUUCAUACAAGAAUUUAAAGUGCGUCACAAAGAGAAUCUAUUUAUUUAUAAAGGAAGAUUCAUUAUCUGACGCAAACCUUUAUUUCUAACAAUACAUAACGGCACGUGUAUUUGAACUCGAACGUUUACAUGUAUUUUUUACACCAUCUUAUACCAUCACUCAGUAAAAUGUGUAUUUGUUGUCGCAAUUAUUUUACUGCGCUGUGCUCGACUGCAGCAUGUAAACUUUGAUCUAAACUACAGUUUGCCAAACACAAGUCGCCGCAAUCUAGCUUGAUUUAAAGUUACCUGCUUAAGAUAUCUCACUAUGCUUAGAAUACCCCACUACUCACACACAUGUAUACACCUCAUUUCCUCGCACAUUUGCAAGCAGUUCAAAAUUUUGUCAGUAGGUGGGCCCAUAUCAGGUACAACACAUACGAACAAACUCACGUGACCAUUUAUUUGUGUUGUGGUAGGAGUGGGAGGGGCAAAGCAAAAUAGAUGUAAAAUAUUUUGAACAAGAAUCGUUUCUUCAUGUUUUUUCAUGCAGGCCAUUAUAAGCCACCAAACAUGGCUUCAGUAGCUCGUCUUCCAUCUCUGUCAAGUGUUGGAGGACAUGUGACACAACAAAUGUUACAACAACUGCCAUCACCAGCUAAACUUGGUGCCAUUGUAACAAAAAAACGACCAAAUGCGUUCGUGAAAGGAAAACGAGAUUCUGGAAAUGAUGAGAAAUCCGUGAACACGAAGAUAGAAACGGAAAGGUUAUUAUUUUAUGAAUGUAUUUAUCUGACAGUACCCUGGGUGCCAGUGGUUUGACCAUGCACCCUCGCAGAAAAUAGUAACAGACUGACUCGCUCUUCUAGCUCGCCUAGUUAACUGUGUAUUGUGCGGUGUAUGCCUGCGAGCAUGGAUCAACCUCUGGUGACCAGGGUAAUCUGAUAGUGAUAUUUUCUGAAUUUCAGUUAUAUCAGGUUGUGCUUUAAUCAAUCAGUGUCGACUGAGGUGUUUAUACUUCUCAGACAUAACAGCUCCAUUUUCUAUUCAUUGCAUGUCAUUUUUUACUUAUAGGUUUUUACCCUUAAUUAUGUUAUUAGACGUCUGAUCACCCUUUGAUUAAUAAUUCAAUAAUUAUCUUCAAUCUCGUCUUCUUUUACAUCAUCCGCAGGAUCUAAACUCAUGCAGUGUCGGCUGGUCAGGUCUUAAUCCGUCUUACGUCUCCACCCCUGCUCAAUAGUGCAUGAGUUUGGCGAAUACAACGGCAACGUCAAUAGCCAACGUCAAUAGCCCCGUCAAUACCCCGCAACGUCAAUAGCCCGAUGGAAUUAUAGAGGGUAUUAUAGUUGGAAUAUUCUUCCCUUGGGCCUGCACGCGAGCUACAACGUCAGUAGAGAGGUUAAGAUACCCCGGUUUCGGUGUACGGGUACGAGUAGUGUCAUCUUGUUUUACUGAUGUCUGUAAUUCGAUCAUACUUUUUCUGUUUUCUUGCAAUAGACAAUGGUAUAAUGCGAAAAAUGUGCACCUUAAGGUUACAGAACACCUUUGAGGGUUAAUUUUGCCUAAAAUUUUUUUAUUGGUUUCCAUGAAAGCAUUAGACUAGUUCUACUAUCUGACCAAGUUUGGACGAAAAAUGUUGAAAACUCGCAGAGUUAUUUAAUAAAAUACAUUUCGCUGCAAUAAGAAAAACAUUGAAAAUGUAAUAUUCAAAUUCAAUUUUCUCCCGAAGAAUUUUACGGUAAUUACUGAUUUUCAAACGAGUUGUGCUCCUGCGGGUUUUGACCAAUUUUUCUCAAAUUUUCACAGGACUUAGCUAAAGACGUCAGUUUCAAACUUGUGUUCGGCUUUUUUUUAAUUUUGGAUAUUUUAAUAAUCAGAGCAAUUCACUCAAACAAUUCAGAAAUAUAUUGCAGUCGUCAAAGAAAUCUGGCUAUCAGCGGAAUGACGAAAUAAACAAAAAAUUCCGAACACAAUUUUUUAGAACAACUAUUUUACUGUAUAAAAAUGAUAUUUUCAUAAAUAUAACUUAAAACCAGCAGGAGCACAACUCAAAAGCGUAACGGUACCGCGAUUUAAGAUUUUUCUGAAUAAUUCUUAUAUUAUUUUAUUGUUUGUUAAUUUUACAACUUUACCAUAUUUUGCAUACACUGGCGAACAUUUGGUGAAAAUUUGAUUAAAAUCGGACUGAUAUUGAGCGCGCAGUAGCGAUUUUCCGCAAAACGCCAAAAAGGGUGUCCUGUAACCUUAAUUACGAGUAAAGGUACAGACAUCGACGAAAAUAUUGCUAACCAAAAUCAUGCUACUCGUACCCGUACACCGAAACCGGGGUAUCUUAACCUCUCUAUUGAAUACGUGAUCAUCAACACUAGAAUUUUUGCUCUAAGACAAAGACGACUAUAAAUCAUAUUUCUUUGAGCAUUCUAGUACGCCCCUUUGUCUAAACUGCUACGAUAUUUACAUUAUUCUCACGGCGUGUUUUUAUAUAUAUAUAUUGAUUAUAUAGUGAUUCUUGAUUUAAAUUAAAAACACAAAAUUAUUCAGUGAAUAAACUUUAGUAUAAUAUAUCCUUUGGCUCGAAUACAAAAAUGUAUCAAGUAAUUCUGUUUUCAGGCGUUGCCAGUUGCCAAACUCCCCAUUGUCACGUCAUGCAUGUACGUUCUUAAAUUAAUAUUUAGAUUUUUUACACUGUCUAUAUAACCAUUUAUCUUUUCGCUAAUCGCUCCAUAGACUAUAUCCUUAGUAUAGACCUACUUUCCUGUCUCUGUUCUAUGCACAUGCACAACCCAUUUCAUAUCAGAUUUAGGACUGCGGCUGCUGGAGGCGAAAAUGACGUGUUCUAUAUACCAACUUUUGGCUUGAUAAGACAAGCUUUCCAGUACCAUCGAGGGGCUAAAUAUAAAACAAAUUAAUGGUGACAAAACGUGAAAACGAGGCUUGCUCCCUUCAUACACACACUAUCCUCGUGUUCGUGUUAAGAGUGCCUCUCAUUUUCACUGUUUGUCUUAUAAUUGCUUUAGCUUGGAGGUUGUUUAAAUGAAAAGAAAGUUUUGCAAAAACCUAGUUUACCACUGUUUCAGAGUUAUAUACUUGCUUCAUAUUAUAUUCAAUCGUUUGUUCUAUCAGGUACCGGAAUUCUUAUAUGCAUAACUUGUGCUUGGAUAUGUUGAAGGAUGGUUUCCAUCAUUCGUUUUGUGAACUCUUUAAUUUAAUGAAACAUGAAAAAGAACAACAACAAAAAUUAGGACCAGAUUCAGGCUUGCAAGAUCAACCAUUGGUUCAAGAUCAACCAGAAAAACUUGAACAAAUGAAAGCUCAUCUCACAGCAGCCGAAGCAGCAAAACGCAGAGGUACAGUAGGUUAAUUUUCAGCAGUAAAUUAUUUCAUGAUUUGCCUAAAUUAAGUAUGAAUUGAUUCAACUGAAUAUUGUUGAAAUGAUUUGUGUUACUUAAUGAGUAUUGUCUAGAUUGUAGUUCUUGCCAAAUUUUAUUGUCUUCCUAAACAAACUAAACUAUAAACUGAUUUUAUUUAUAAGCUAGGGGUCGGCUUUUUUGCGAGUAUAUACGUUCACAAUGACAAUAGGCCUAUAUUUCUUUCGUCGACUUAAUAGUGUAUACGAGAAUGAAUAGUUUCUCAUAUAAAGGAAGAUUUUCGACAUGCAGCGAUAGUUACGGGCAAGUUGGGCAACCGCAAACCCGUCAUGCACAAAUGCUAAAAGUGGUGUAUUAUAAUAUACCUUAGAACGAGUAAACUUGUAAAGAAGCCUUAUGUUACAACAUGUUUUGCAGGCCUAGAAAAUAUAUUUAUCUUUCUGGCAGCAAAAUUCAAAAAUUAAAAUUUCCUGUGUAAGUCAACUAUAAAAUGAAAAUUUCAGAGAACGUGUGGAAUAUGAUGCCGCACAUCUCGACUUGCAAAAUGCUUAAUUUGGAAUUUUCAAACAAUAAGUGAAUUAUAUGGCAUUCCUGUAUAUAAGAUGACAAAAAUUUCCUGCAAAGUGCAAGAAAAUUUCCUGGGAAGAUAUUUUGUUAAAAAAUUUCCCGGCAGCGGUACUGCUGGCGCUGCCGGACAUUUUCCAGCACUGUAUAUAUAACUUCCCUUCGACAGUUCUGUGCACAUUCAAAUCUAAAAAAGCUAAAUGUCCAUCCAUCUCACGUUCUACCAUGAAUUGGAUGGACGGCUCAAUAGAAUUUAAAUGUUGCAGCAGAAUAUCGAUUUCAUUUCUAGAAACCGCAGAGAUGACAUAAUCGACGAAACGUUUCCAAAAUGAUAAACGGAACAGAGGCUAAAGCCCUUUGUUCGACAUCUUCCAUUACUAAAUUAGCAAUUCGUCGAUGAUGUCAUUUCUGCGGUUACUAUAGAAAUGAAAUCGAUGUUCUGCUGCAACAUUUAAAUUUUAUUGAGCCGUCCAUCCAAUUCACGGUAGAACGUGAGAUGGAUGGACAUUUAGCUUUUUUUGGCCGAUGCUUGAAAUUUCCCGGAAGUACACUUAUUUACCGGAAGUUGUCGUCUCCUCCGCAGGCUCUUCGACUACGCGCGCGGCUCGACACAAAAUGGAAAAAAAAAAUAGGAGCCGAAUUUAUGACCUCGGUGUCGUACCGACCCGAGGUAAUUAAUGAUUAAGUUAAUCAUAAAAUGGCUUUAUUUUUGUGUAUUAUGCUAACUUUCUUUCGGCUACUUUUCUUUCUUUUCUUUCGACCAAGAGUUCAAUUUAUUGACUGUAAAAUCCAAAUAGUAAUGAGAUAUAUGCAAUUAGCUCAAAAAUUUACCUAAUAAAUCAAAAGUAGACGGUGGCCAACUCGAAAGCUUAUGCUACUUUGGUCACCGAGCACAAUUUCAAUAUCAUAAUUUAAAACUUUUUAAUGUCCUUAUACCAAAUAUAUAUACAGUAUGCAUGAGUAUCUCUUCCAAUGUAAUAUUUUUGCCAAAUAGUGUGAAAUAAAUUGAACUUGAACUUGACGUCAUCCCUUGGGUAUUUAAGAAGCCACGAUUGCAUCUUUAGAUCACCCCUGAUGAAGACACUAGACUGGAGUGUCGAAACGUUGGGUCUUGAUUACAAUUCGACUGGGCUUUGUAAUCAUUUAUUUAAACCAGAGUAGCGAGCGAAACGUGAUUGAUACACCUGGUUGCAGUGAACGAACAAACUUUAAAACUCUAUAUCAAUACGGAAAAAAUGUUUUAUAUUUGUUUUAUAAUAUAGCACAAAGAGAUUUUCCGUGUUGACAUUGAGUUAUAUCAACACGGCUCUUAGCCAAUCAGCGUUCAGAAUUUACAAAUGCUAUAUUAUAAAGUUCCUUUUUGACUAAUAUGUAACUGUAAAUACUUCCAAAAAAUAAGUAAGUUUUAUACAGCAUUGCUGAACUGUGUAAAACGUACUGUAAUAUAACACGAUGUUGUUAUUCUGACCAUUUCUAGGUAAAAUGGACGUGGUGUACAGUUGCUAUCUGACUUUGGCAACAUAUUUUGAACAGUCUGGAGAUAUUUCUUUUUCCAAUCAUUUUUACAAACUGUGUUUGGAGGCGAGUGUGAAAGUUCUAGGAGAUGGCAGAAGAAAAGAAGCUGAGGCGAACUUCAACAUGGGUGUGACCUAUGAAAAACAAGGUUUGAACAUUAGACAUCCUUGAUAAUAUAACAUACAUGGCCGCCAGGCAUCUCAAUAAGGGUUACCUGUGUCGGAGCUAGGAGGCUAGGAAUUCUCGUACAAAUAUUUACAUUGCCCAUGAUAAUGCAGUGUUUCUUUUGACUACCAAGAUUUUGUUGGCGUCACUCGAUUGAAUAUUAUUUGAAGGGUAUUGUAGAUGGAAAUUGUCGAGUGUAAAUUUAUAUAUAUUUAUUAGACCUAACCAGGAACAGAAGCGAAUAAUGCAACUUUAGGUCCCUGGCAGGAAUAGAACCUGUGGAUAACCUACACGUGGCAAUACCCUAGUAUAUGUACAUGAACUUAUGGUUAGAGCUCGACAAUGGCCUCUGUAGCUCAGUUGGUUAGAGCUCGACAAUGGCCUCUGUAGCUCAGUUGGUUAGAGCUCGACAAUGGCCUCUGUAGCUCAGUUGGUUAGAGCUCGACAAUGGCCUCUGUAGCUCAGUUGGUUAGAGCUCGACAAUGGCCUCUGUAGCUCAGUUGGUUAGAGCUCGACAAUGGCCUCUGUAGCUCAGUUGGUUAGAGCUCGACAAUGGCCUCUGUAGCUCAGUUGGUUAGAGCUCGACAAUGGCCUCUGUAGCUCAGUUGGUUAGAGCUCGACAAUGGCCUCUGUAGCUCAGUUGGUUAGAGCUCGACAAUGGCCUCUGUAGCUCAGUUGGUUAGAGCUCGACAAUGGCCUCUGUAGCUCAGUUGGUUAGAGCUCGACAAUGGCCUCUGUAGCUCAGUUGGUUAGAGCGCUGCACUGGAAUCGCAGGGCCGCUGGUUCGAUUCCUGCCAGGGAACCUAAAGUUGUAUUUUUCACAGUUCUGUUCCUGAUUAGUUCUAUUAGAUUACUCCCACACCGUAAUCCCAAUUUUAACUGUCUUUACGAGAAAUUAUAGUAUUGCAAGAAUGAAUAAAAUAGCAUCGAAAUUCGUGAUGAAAUAAAAAAAUGCUAUCUCUCUAUUUUAAUAGAGUAUUACAUUGAAGCAAUGCAGUGCUUUGAACAUUUUUAUGCUUUGACAAAUGGUCGCUUAUGGCAAAUGGAAGAUACUGGCAGAACUCUUUUUUCAAUGGCGUGUGAAAGUCUUCAAAAUGUUUACACCACUCUGGCGAUGCAGGUAUUUACUUCAUGCAUCUAGUUUAUUGCAAAACCAUCUUUAGAGAAUAUUAACGGCAUAGUAUUAGUGUUUGGAGGUCGGUGCCGUUUGUGGUCGAAGGCUGCAACGUCUUGCUGGCAAGACGUAUUGACAUGGCAACAGAUUACAGUAGCAACAGAGCAGCAACAAUUAUAACAGCAACCGGUGAAAUAGCCAUGACAAUUCUGCCAAGUCAUCCCGCCGGCACCUGUCACACUGCAUGACAAGUCAAUGGAAAAAUACAAUCUAUAGUGAUCUAUACAUUGUACUUGUUGAACUAACAAAGUUUAACAAAACAAAAAUUGGGUGGGGGAAGGGGUAAUGGGGAAACAAGCGCAACUUAUUGCAAAAAGGCAAGGCAAGAACAUGCAAUUGAUCCGACCAGGGCGCCUCGAAGGGUUAUAAGGCGCCACGAACCCCUUAACGACUGUGACGUCAUGGGCUUCCCCCAAACGGAAGUCAACAUGCAUGCAUAAUACCUCUGCCGUUAACCUUGCUUAAAUCUAUUUAACCUCAUUAAAAAUUCUAAAUAAUUAUAAAAUAUUAUACAUGCUGUGCUGAAGCCUGAAGGACAAGUACAGUUAGCUCGAGUGAGAUUUAGACUAUGCCACACGCUGACGUUUUCGAGCGUGUUCAGCUCUAACGUUUUCAAAAAGUGUCGUUUUCAAGCCGUGUCCACACGAAAACGGACGAAAACGACGUAUUAUGACGAAAACGUUUGCAAUGCUAAAAAACGUUUUCGGACAAGCGUUUUCGCGUUGAAACGCUAAAAAUCCAAGAUAGCGGCUUAAAAUAAAAAAUAUUCUUGUUUCCUGGAAGCUUAGAUCUUUCAUUGUUAUAUCAUUAAUUCUUAAAUUAAAAACUUUAGCAACAAAUAAAACAAAAUAUAUAGCCUUUCAAGUGUAUAAUGAUUUAUGAACGAUUUAAAACUGUGGUUUGCUUUCGAAGAAGCGACAGACAUGGUAUAUUGGUGAUGCUGAACAUACAUAUAAAGCUGUUUAAUUUAUAAUGAGCAGAGGACAUUUUAAGAAACUCGUUGACAAGUAAUGACUCCAUCUGGUGGAAAUAAAGGGUGAUAAGAAGCCGCGAGAGAUGGAAUUUUGUCGAGACAAAUAUUUGCAUUCCCUGAAAACGUUUCUGUGUCGACAGAGCGUCAAACUGACAAGAUUGGAAACGACUUUUUAGAAACGCCCGGAAACGUUACCGUGUCCACAGUCUUAAACUCGCACCUUUGGCAUUCCCCGGACAAGCAGUUCAGAGUUAUCUUGCUGACAAGUCUUUCUUAUUGUACUGCAUGUGUAUCAUCAUAUCUUAUACUUACCUGUGUAUGUAUUCGCAAUUUUAGCUGAAAACCUCAGACCCUUCAGAAAGUAUUGCUUACUUAUUGAAAGCUUAUAAAGUUGCGAAAGAAGGUAUGUUUCAAAUCUAAGAUAAUCUGCAUGCUUGUGACUCAGGUUUCUAUAUUGGUGUACAUCUGUCGUAUUAUAGCAGAGCCUGAACAGCGGUCGCGCACUUCACUUUUUUCAGUUCUGAUUGGCUAAGAGCAGUAUACAAUUUUAUCAAAAUACGGUGCCAUUUUGAUUUUUGACAGUUAAAAUCUUGUAUUAAAUUGUUGUGCCUUUCAAAUGAGUGCAUGUCAUGGAGUGAAUUAUUUAUUUUGCAUGUGUUUCAUGCAUGCAAUUAAGUCACUAUAUAAAUUUGCUUCUCCAUAAUUUUAUCCUGCAUUAUCAAUAAAUCAUAGUAUGGUUUCUCGUGCAAUUUGGAACAACAUAAACUCUUGACUUUGAAAACUCGUAAACUCAAAGAUUUUGAAAAAUUCACUGGUGCAUCUAGAGCAAGAACAUCUCAAACUCAUUAAUAAUUCAUGAGUAAAUUAGCCAGCCAUAUUGCUUUAUUUUGCUCACAUGAUAAUACUGGAUACCUGAUGAAGUACAUUGAUCCAGUCCUAGGACUGGAUCAAAAUUAAUUCAGUCCUUGGACCGGAUCCAAACUAAUUAAGUAGUGAUUUAUUCGCAUGAGAUGUCAUUUCAAAUCUUCCAAUUCGGACUGAACUUGAUUUCAAGUGCUCGCAUUUUGAUCCAGUCCUCGCGGCUUCGUCUCGGGCUUGAUCAAAUUGCGCGGACUUGAAAUCUAGUCCAGUUCUCAUAGUCGGAUUUGAAAUAUUACUUCAGUCAUUCGGCCUACGAGAAAAGUGAAGCCAAGAUGGCAGAAUUGACGUCCAAUAUCUAUGAAGGUCGUAAACAGUUUAAAUACCAUUUUUCCCAGUUUUCCCGUUAUUCCAGUUUUUUUCUAAUGGAUCAUACUAUCGCUAAAUAGGCUAUAUACCAGUUCAUAAAACCAAUAUUAUUCUUUAAAUCGAAGUCAAAGUACAAAAAUUCGGCACACUCGUUGCAGAAUGCGCAGACAAAAACAAUAGAAAACUGAAACUGACAUCCAUCUCAGUUAUGGCUUCACUUUUAAACUCAAGUUGUCGCUCCAGGUAUAUAUAUGGAGCUCACUGUAAACGAGACUGUGACGUCACUGUUUUAAACGCAAUGUCACAUUCCAGGUGAUGAUCUUGAAGGGCGAGGUGAUGCAAGUUAUUUGCUUGGUUGUGCUUACCUGGAUAACGAUGAUGCAGAAACCGCGUUACUGGUAAUUCCUUAUUUCACUCUUUUACAGUAAUUAGAAAGGUUCAGAUUUGACUUCCACUAUACUGCUACCAUUAAGAGACCAUUAACCAAUCAGAUGCGUUGGAUGUAUGUGACUAACCAUUUAUAGAUGUGUUCUAAGCCAAUGAGAGGUAGUGGUUUAGUGGAAGUCAAAUCUUAAUCAUUCUAAUAUAUGAUCAGAAACCAUCACGUCUUCAUUAAACUAUCCCACGGACAUUUUUUAAAAUGUUCUUUGUAUUUUUCUGUUCAGUAUCACAAUGAAUAUUUAAAUGUCUGUCAAGAAAACGAAGAUGUUACUGGAAUGGGAAAAGCGCACCGAGCUUUGGCUAAAUCUUAUGAAAAGUAAGUGUUCAUACAUUUGAAUAUUGCUUCCAAUCUCAUUUUGGGUUAUGGGUAAAAUUCUAACCAAAAGAUCGAAUGUACCCUCGGGUUGUUCAUGUGUUAACGUGUUAACGCAUUAUCAUAUAAAGAACUUUGUUCAAAUUUUCAUUUACAAAUAAACUGUCCUGGAUGCAGAUGUGUAAACCACACAUUAAAACGAAACUUAAAUGAACUUUGACCGCGUGUGUUUAAUUAUUUAAUUAUACGUGUAUUGAGCUUUUCUAUAUUUUCAUUCAUUCAGACAAAUGGACAUAGAAUCCGCCGUGAAAAAUCUCGAAUCGUUUGUGGAGCUAUCCGAGAAAUCUGGUGACUUCAGAGAACAGCAGAGAGCGUGUUCAGCCAUUGGAGAAAUGCUCAAUACCUUGGUAUGUUUUGUCAUUAUUUUAUAGUGAGUAUUCUAAUGGAUAAUGGGCAAGGAAAUUAAGGUACCAAUGGCUAAUUUACAGACCCUUGCAACCUCGCUCUCGGGAUUUUCUUGCUUUUUUGGAGAUUAAUAAUGAUUACGUGGUGGUCUAUAUUUUCAGGUCUGUAAGCAGGAUGCGAUAAACCAUGCAAUAUUUAAAUACGCUCUGCAUGAUACUAAUAGCACCGCCUUUUUUCAGCUUGUUCCAUUUGACGUUUCCAAGCCCAAGUUAUUCAAAAACCAUAAUUUAGUCGGAAUAUUUAUAAGUCUGACCACAUGGUCUGACAUGAGUUGGCAUUAAACAUGAUUGGACUGAUGAGAUGAGACUAAGGAAUGUUGGAGUCAAUUCCAUGUGUCCGAAAGCUCUUACCAGGGUGCGAUAAUUCGAUUUUUAGUCGUACCUGACUGGUACUUCAAUGAUUAUUCCCGAGUACUUGAGCUGGUACAAACGUAACGUAUGAGGGUGUACUUAGUCUUUAAAAUGAAGUACAUAAAAUACAGGAGUCUGAAUAAUAUUCGUUCAGUAACCUGAAACUAGGAGCUAAAACAAGGAGGCAGGAAUGAUGAAAGCGAUAAGAAUAUGACCCACAACGCAUGACCCGUGCAAGGUACUGGUUGUUACAUGUGACACUCCGUCGUCGGUGCAGCUAACCUGAUAGCCCAGAGAUUACAAUUGUUCCGACACGUGCACGGUUUGUCGAACUCAGGCCGCCCUGAUCAAACUGUUGCCUCGAGCCAACACCCUAGGUCACUUUGCACACCUGAGAUCUUCAAUUAUCAUAGCCGAUGCUGGGCUCCAAUUAUUCAUUAUGUCAUUUUAUUGAAAUUUUAGGGUAAGUAUGAAGAAUCGGCAAUGUACAUUGAGAAAGCUUAUAAACUGACGAAGAAAAUGCAGGAGGAAGAAAAUAAGGAGUUAGUUCGUACGGAAUAUGGAAUUGUUAUUGCCAACUUAGUCAUGUUUGGUCUAAGUCAGGCUAUGGAUACUACAAGUACUCAGAAUAUUGAUAAAUUAUUGCACUGGAAACGAUCUCGGAAAGAUGUCUUUGCGGCAUCUGUUUCAAUUCCAAGAAAUUUCUCUCUGGAGAAAGUCGUUGACUAUCACGGGAGUGAUGAGGACAUUAAAAUUGAACAAGAUCCUGAACAAAAUGAAAACGAGGUUAUUCCUGAUGUUACGGACACUGAACAAACAAAACCAGUUGAAACUGCCGAGUAAAUCGUGCUUGUUGACAUCAAACAAUCUCAACUUGGGAAUUAUUUUAUUUAAAUCAUACUGUAUCUGUCCUUGUUUUGCUAAUAGUAUUGCAACCCAUUAUUAUUGUAGAAGUGGUCUUUGUAAAUAUAAUAAAAACAAUCCGAAUGUUGCAG